AUGGAGCUUACUAGGCCAUCGAUAUGUAAAAAUCCCUUCGACCGCGGGAGCGAUGCCAACAUCGAGUUCACUGGAUUUCCAACAGAAUGGCCAUUGGGCAGUGUCGACGACUCCUCUCAUACCUUCUCAAGCUUCUCUCCUCACACUCCAAGCUCUGGCCGUUCCACUCCGCCAUGUUCGUCUUCGCUCGACUUUAACUACUCGUCCUUUGCCUCCUCGAUCGACACAGUCCCCUUUGAUCUUUCGCCCAUAUCUUGUGUUACGUCAAUAUACCUUCCCAUGACGCCCAAGGCCGGCCCUAUCUCCGACUUCACUCGCCCUUCUAUUCCCAUCACACCCAUAUGGCCAAAGUACGAUAGUCAGAAUCAUCCGCUUAGUGAACGCACUGCUCAGGUGUAUUUUUCACAAACCAUGGACUGCGGCUUGGCUAUCACCCAGCUUAGUACACAUCCGCACCUGGGAGGGUCAUCUGUAUUGGUGCAGUACGAACGCCUUUCCGGCACGACGACGUCCAACUGGAUGGUACCAGACAGUCCCGUCAACUUCGAGCCACAUUCUCCCACACAAUUCGCCGUGUCAGGUCCGUCAAUGGAGCAGCAGGACGGAGCGGAACCGACGGCGCCGAGGACUCCCUCUAUGAAGGCAAGGAGGCGAGCAUUGACGGACGAGGUGCGCCACAAGACGACUGUGCUCCAACAACAGAUGCAGCAGUGCCCUUCACCGAAGACACGGACACGGGCCAAGAAGGAAACGAGGUGCCGCACGGUCAUGAUGGCGGAUGGCAGCUUUGCCCUGGAUAGCGUUGAGCUGGCCAGCACCUUCAAGUGUCCUAUCGAAGGAUGCGGCAAGAUGUACCGCAGGAGUGAACACAUGAAGCGACACAUUCAGAGGUUACACACAACCAACCGGUGGGAUAACUUGAAAGCCCAUAUUAGGCUGCACGGAAUCCAGAGGGAACAUCCAGGUUCCAAGCCGAGAGUGCAAUUUGCGGCCGGCGCGGUGUUGCAAUACGAGGAGAUCAUGAAGAACGAAAGCCGACGAGGGGACGGCACGAAGCACAAGAAGCGAACAAGCUCGGAUUCGUGA